ACACCCAUGCUGCAGAGGUCUGUGUCACAAUAGAGAAUUAUAGACUCUGACUAAAGAGGAAGCCAGUGAUCAGAGCGAUGGGUAUAUCCUAUACCUACGUCUUCCAGGUCUGUGUGAUCCUGCAAUGUAUGACCCUCUGGAGAUCGGGAAUGCAGAGUCCAGGCUGUGCCCUUCAGUUUACUGAUGGAUUUGAUGAAUUCCAAUAUUUUCAGGAUGGAGAUUUGAUCAUCGGAGGAGUCCUCACUGUGAGGGCAAAAGAAGAUGAUUUACCUGAAGAAAAGAGAUACAGCCCCUCUCUUGGGUAUUACGUGAACCUCCUAGCUUUCCUUUCUGCAAUUGAUAAUAUUAACCAGGAUCCAGACAUCUUACCCAAUAUCACUCUCGGCUUCCAUCUUCAUGAUUCAAUGCUGGAACCCAGGAAGGCUGUACAGAGUGUUCUGCAGAUCUUAUCUGGACCAAAUGGGACAAUUCCCAAUUUUUCCUGUAAAGGAGAAGGCAAGCUGACUGGUAUUAUUGGAGAUCACUAUUCAUCCACUACAAUCCCAAUCGCCCAAAUUCUCGGAUUGUACAGAUACACACAGAUCAGCUAUGGAGCCACCGAUUACACAUUAAGUGACAGACACCUUUACCCGCAUGUAUUCAGGACCGUUCAGAGUGAUAAUGUCCAAUAUUUAGCAAUUGCCAAACUAGUGAAAUAUUUUGGCUGGAAUUGGGUCGGAAUACUUUUAUCAGAUGAUGACACCGGAGAGAAUGAAGCGCAAAUUCUGAAGAGACAUUUGGCUUCCCAGGAGAUUUGUGUGGCUUUUGAAAAAAAAAUGGCUGAAAAUUUAGCUACAAUGGAUCAGUGGAAAGACACACUUAGUAAAGAACAUUGUAAAGUUGUAAUACUUUGUGGUUUCUUCACAAGCAGUGCUCGUAUAUACCUUAAUGAAUACUCUCAGAUUAAUAGAAACAAUAUACUUAUCCUUCCCACAGGCUGGACUCCAGAUAAAAUGAUCAUGCUGACUGCUUACAUAAAUUCUAUAAAAAGUUUGUCUUUACGGUUUUCUGAUCCACAAAUUCUUGGAGAAAUUUUGUUUGAUGUCAAUUUAUUGUCAAGACAUUCACACAUUGGGCAGCUGAUGGAUGAUCUGAUCAUUACAUUUUACAAUGUAACAUCAACUCAAAAUGGGAAACAUAUUUAUUUCCCAAACGUUCCUACUUUUAGACAGAAUUUAUUAAGAAUGUUUAUUUCCAUGAUUGACAAAAGUUUGCUUUCUAGAGUAUCUCUACGAGUGUAUAUUGCAGUAGAAGCUAUGGCUGAAGCUAUACAUUUAUUCAACAAGUUUAAUCGCAGUUUUAAUAUGAACAGAUUUAAUCAGGUAAAGUUAGUUUAAAAUGUAUUUGUUGGGUGAGCG